ACUAACCAGCAGGACUGUUCGGUGCGCGCCAACCGAGCGAGCAUUUAUCCGCGUCGCCUCCGUCCGAGCGGUUUAGGAGCUUCCAGAGGUUCGAGUAGAACUGAUCACAUCCUACUUUUCCUAUAACGACGAUUAAUAAAUUGCGUCUGAAACGGGGAAGAUUUUCAGCGUUCGGGCAAAAUCGUAGCGUCGUGAAUUACGAGUGACGUGAAUCUUACCCCCCCAGUGAAACCCUACCACCCGGGUAUCAAUUUCGUGGUGAAUAACAAUCUUGACAGAAAGUCCGAUUCUUGACAGAGUGACACUAUCGGUCAAGUUGUACCUUCUGUCCAACGUUUAUUGACGCAUCCACGGAGGAGACUCUCACCGUGUUUAUCGUCGGUGUUUACAGGAUCAACACGUGGGGUGGUGUGAACCGUCAGGAAUAAUCGUUAUUUCAAAAUUUUCAAAGUGAAAGUGAGCGACAGUGCGGUGCAUCGUUGCUAGAAAUACAAAGCGAAGAGCGGAAGUCGUAAAACGAAGUGUGACCUAAGCACGUGACGUGGUGUGCUCGCGAACGACUUAACCAAAAGUGUCAGUGACGUAAAAUUUCGUUAUAAGUAAAAAUAUUCGAAAAUAGUCCACGUUAAUAUCGAAUUGUAAUUUGUACACGAUUAAUUACAAUAUAUUAUUCAUCUGAUUCGGACGUUUGAAAUCGCACUUUCCUACAUUUAUAACGAUCAAUCGGUCAAUCCAUAAAACCUCGAGAAAUUCUACCGGUACCAAACUCUGCAUUCCAGUUCAUGGUCGGGAAUCAGAGGAAAUAAAAUCGAAAAACGAAAAACGAAAAAGUUGCGGCAAACGGUGAGAACUCGAUUACCAUUGAGGCCGUUAUAAUUCUUACUGUUAUGACUCAUCGUAGUCCGUGUGAAAAAUUGGAAACCUAUCUAACGAAGGUAAUUGAAAGAAGAAGAUUACAUAGAUGAGAAACGAUCAUGAGGGCGAAAAAAUUCUUCAUUAUUAUUUGCAUCCUGACUUCGGUCCUGUGCGAAGAAAAAGAUGAGCUUCGAAAAGCCAACGCCGUUCCGAGGCAACGCGACAAAACUUCGCUCGGAAAGUACAACGGUGGCAAUGUCGAGGAAAAAGAGACAAAUACCGAAUUCGCGGGCGAGCGAAAAAGUCAGCCCGCGAACGAAGACUUAUCUAUAAAUCGGGCGGAUCGAAGCAACGCGUUUCUCACCGUCCUAGGAAACAUCGAAAAUACCGGAAACGCAUCCUCGUCGGUCGCCAAAAAUAACAACGAACAGGAACGAAAUCCUCUGUCAAAAACGGAACAACAAUCGACGCAAGCCAACCGACCGACGUCUAAUCACAAAGCGAAUCAAAAAUGGCGCGGAAAAUAUGGCAGUCCCAAAGAAGUAACGAUAUUCGAUGGAAUAUGUCCACCGACCGACAUAAGAAAUUCCGUCGACAAUUUCAACCGGAUCAAAGAUUGCGUCGUAAUCGAAGGGUUCCUACAAAUCGUCCUCAUCGAUCGGGACGUUAACGAAACCACCUUCGAAAAUGUCACCUUUCCAAAAUUGAGAGAGAUCACCGGAUAUCUUCUCUUCUACAGAGUAAACGGCCUCAAGAGUUUAACGAACCUUUUCCCGAACCUCGAGGUAAUCAGGGGCCAGACUCUGAUCACCGAUUACGCCUUGAUGGUCUACGAGAUGCCCAAUCUGCAAGAGCUCGGUCUCAAGAAACUGACAGAGAUAACGAGAGGAGGAGUUCGCAUAGAGAAAAAUCCAUCGCUCUGUUACGUUAACACGGUCAAUUGGACUCUCAUCGUGAACACCGGUGAAACAUUUAUAAAAUUCAACAAAAACGAGGGGGCAUGUCCCGGUUGUCAACAAUGCAAUCCAGGUCAUUGUUGGACUUCGAAGCACUGUCAGGUCACACUCAAGCCUGAGUGCCACUCGGAAUGUUUGGGAUGGUGCACAGGACCCGCAAACACCGACUGUUACGUCUGCAAACAUUUUCGUCAUGCCGGCAAAUGUGUGAAACAGUGUCCGCCGAACUACUACGGUUAUCUGGAUCGGCGAUGUAUCACCGAAGAGGAAUGCUUGAAUAUGAACCGUACGGUUCACCAAAUCGCGUAUAGCGGUGUGACCAAAGAUCCGAAUUGGCGACCAUUUCGAAACUCUUGUAUUUCUCAGUGUCCCAUUGGCUUCGAAGACUUCGUUGACGACGAUGGUAUGACGAAGUGCAGAGAGUGUUCUGGUCCUUGUCGCCGAGUCCUCGCGGGCGAAACGAUCCGCAAUAUGGCUGACGCUCAACGUUACAGGGGAAUCGACGUGGUCCAAGGUGGUCUUGAAUUUCACAUAGAAAAUGGAAACUGGAACAUCAUGAACGAACUUGCCGAGUCGUUCGGUUCGAUCGAGGAGAUAACCGGGCACUUGAAGGUCAUGCAUUCCUUCCCAAUCACGUCGUUGGCCUUCUUCAAGAAACUUAAGGUCAUCAAAGGCGAUCCACCGGAUACGAAUAACGCGAGUCUAACGAUUUUGGACAACCCAAACCUCUCAAAUUUAUUCCAACCGGGACAAGAAAUCCGCAUUUUGAACGGCAGGUUGUUUUUCCAUUACAAUCCCAAGCUAUGCUUUUCGAAAAUCGAGAGCCUCGGGCACAUGGUUGGAAUACAGAAUUUCUCAAAGGUCGAAGUCGACCCCGAAUCUAACGGCGAGAAGGUCGCUUGCAACAUAGUGAACAUUAAUAUAAACGUGACGGAAAGAGGACCGGACUUCGUCACCAUUGCGUGGAACAGUUACGUCCCCUCGGACGGACAACGUCUCCUCGGGUACAUACUGAAUUACAUGGAAACUGAGAAUAAAAACAUCACGGUCUUCGACUCGAACUUUUGCUCGAACAAUACCUGGCAGUCGGUCGACGUCGACAUCCCGAACGCGGACUUGGCACUUUCCGUCGUGUCUAAAAUGAUCACUGAUUUGAAGCCGUACACCAGCUACGCGAUUUACGUGAAAACGUACACGUUCAGAAACGAAAACGCGUUCGUCAGCCCGGUUGGACAGUCGGAGAUAAAUUUCUUUCGCACGAAAAGCGAUAUACCGUCGCCGCCCACCAACUUGUCUUCGUUUCCGGUGAGCGACACGGAAAUCAUGGUGCGCUGGGGACCCCCGGAUCUCCCGAAUGGCCCGAUAGCCUAUUACCUAAUAUCCGGAUUCGUGAGAAAGGACGACCGUGAAUAUCUCGAGGUCAGGGAUUACUGUAAGUUCGGACUGGUCGAUGAGGCAACGGAGCCCGCGGCGGAGGUUGAGGUGACCGAGAAGGUUGAAGUGAACGUCAACGACCCGCCGACGAAAUCGUGCUGCAUGAAGGAUUUACUCCAGACGAAACCCACCGCUCCUAAGAAAUUCGAGAUCAUGUGUCACGAGAACAUGAGCAUCAGUAUGCUCAUUCCCGGUAAAAAGAGCUUCUGUAGAUCAUCCGGGGUCGAUUACAUAAAACCCGUAAUCGCGCACGGAAAGUACGAGGCUUUCAGCUUCAACGUUAGCGCGACGAACAAUUCGUACCUCGUUAAAAACCUCACGCAUUUUUCACUUUACACGAUAUCCGUAGGCGCCUGCGGUCCGAUGCUUCCCAACAAUAGCGAACAGUGCUCCGAGGUACAGUACACGAGUACUCGGACCUCUAAGAAAGAGACGGCGGACGAUAUCCACAAUCUCCAAGUGGUGGUUUCGAAUAACACGAUCGUCACCGUCUCCUGGGAUCCCAUACCAUCUCCGAAUGGAUUAACCGUCGCCUACACGAUCGAGUACAUAAGUCUCCACGUCAAAGACGCUGUCAAGUCCACGGAGUGUGUACCGGAAAAGAAAAUACGCGCGAAAAGAAAUAAACAUGACAUAGCUAAUCUCAGCCCUGGGAAGUACAGCGUCAGGGUCAGGUCAAUGUCGUUGGCGGGUGACGGUGCGUUUUCCGAAAUGGUAGAGUUCGUCGUUCAAGUGCCGGAAAAUAAUUCCGUCGGCGUAGCGGUCGGUUUGUGCUUCGCGAUACUCGCGGUGGCCGUGGUAUUCGUAUUGUGUUUGAUAUACAAGCGACGCCAGAACAGAAUGAAGCAAAUCAGAUUGAUAGCCAGUGUGAAUCCGGAUUACAUAGAGACCAAAUACGUAAUCGACGACUGGGAAGUGCCCAGGGAGGACGUCGAGAUUCUCGAAGAACUCGGAUUGGGUAACUUUGGGAUGGUGUACCGAGGCGUACUUAACGGGACUAGAAACGUUGCGGUAAAAACCAUAUCCGAGAACGCGAACCUACGAGAGAAAAACGAAUUCCUCAACGAAGCAUCGGUCAUGAAGAACUUCUCGACCUUUCACAUAAUAAGGUUACUCGGAGUCGUGUCCGUCGGUACGCCGCCGUUCGUCAUCAUGGAAUUAAUGGAGAACGGAGACCUAAAAACCUACCUACGAAAAAUACGUGACACCCACCUCGUCCCGAAUUUCACGAGAAUUUCUCGAAUGGCCGCCGAAAUUGCCGAUGGCAUGGCUUACCUGGAGUCGAAAAAAUUCGUCCAUAGAGAUCUAGCGGCGCGGAAUUGCAUGGUCUCCAAAGAUCUGGUUUGUAAAAUCGGCGAUUUUGGUAUGGCCAGAGACAUAUACGAAACCGAUUAUUACAAGAUCGGUAAAAAGGGACUUUUGCCGAUACGAUGGAUGGCACCGGAAAAUUUAUCGGACGGUGUUUUCACCUCGGACUCGGACGUGUGGUCCUACGGAGUAGUUUUAUACGAAAUUCUAACGCUUGCCGAAAUCCCCUAUCAAGGAUUUUCGAACGAGGAAGUGCUGAAUUACGUUUUGCGAAAAGGCACGGUUGACAUACCGAAAAAUUGCCCGGAAGUUAUAUUCAAAAUAAUGGAGAGAUGUUUCAAAUGGAGACCCAAUGACAGACCCACCUUCCUCGAAAUUAUUUCCGAACUAGAGCCAUUUUUGGCGCAAGACUUUUGCACAACUUCGUUUUACCAUUCGUCCGAGGGUGUCGAGAUUCGUAAUUCGGGGGCGAAAAAGGUUUACCACAACGCUGCGCCCAUCAGUUUUUAUUUCGGUAACGAGACCGCUAGGUGGGUAAAAGACUUCGAAGACAACGUCAUGCUUCUGGACCAAACUAAGGCAGGUUCGAGUCGGGGACGAAUUUUCAAAAACGGUUUCCAGCAAUUCGGUAAUCUAUCGACAAUGGAAGACGUAUCUUUGGAUCGCUGAGGCCCGACUGUCCCUAAUAAUUUCUUACAGCCAACUUCCUCUCGAUGGCAUUUUUUCAAAGACUGCGGCGUUGUGCUACUAAAAUAUUUCUCUUCGAUUCGUUCACCUAGUGCUGGUUCACUACGUGUCAUUCGUAUUCCGUCUUAUUUGAUUUACCGAAAAAAAAAAACUAAAUAAAUAAUUGAAUAAAAGGAGUGAAAGAGAGAAAGACAGAGAAUAUGAUAGUGGAACAGAAUGAAUGUCGAAAAAUAGGUAAACUGGAAUUCAAUAGAAUAGCAUUUAUCGCGUGUGCAGAGUCUGACGGAAAAUAGAAAGACAGAUAAAGAUAUGAGGUGUCUUGUUGUGCCUCCACACGAAGUGCCUUAUUUAUUAAUCAACGAUAAUUAAUUCAAUCCAUUUCUAUAAUUUCGAGAACAUCGUGUCGGUGUUAAAAAAAUGAUACGAUUUCAUUUCUACCCGAAAGCUCGUGCAAUCUUGAUCUCCAUAUCGUAUAAUAUGGAUAACAAUUUAUAAGGAUAGCUGAACCUUAUACAACAUUUAUUUACUGACGUCGUUAACUGUAAUAGAUAACAAGUUUAAUGAUUUUCAUCAAAGAAUGUCCGGUUCAAUUGGUUUCCGAUUAAAUUAUAGAUUUCUGAUCACCUCGUUAAAAAGCCAACUGUCUUCUAUGAACAUUUUACCGCUGAAUAAGGUCAUUCAACCAAUCGCCGAUUACUUGCGCACAUCGAUAUGUAAUCUGGAUAUAUACUUUACGCCGUGGCUUUUAUUUUUUUUUGUUUUUGACUCCUGCAAAAGCGAAUCUGCAAUUAUCGACGUAAUUCAAAUUAUAUCUGAAUGAUAACUUAGAGCUAUUCAAGAUUACGCCGAACAAGCCACACAGCCAAUCUCGGCAGUUAUUGACUGUUUUCGCGGAAAAAUUUAAUUAGGUAUAUUUAAAAAAUAUAUUUGAUUACUAUUACUAUUAUUAUUAUUAUUAUUAUUGUCAUUAUGAUUAUUAUUAAUAUUAUUUUGCUGCUCACGUACCUUAGAUGUAUAUAUAAUAUGUAUACGAUAAUCGUUUCUAUUACUUUAUACUCGCAUACACCGAAUUUAAAAACAGUGCUGGCAUAUUUGCGUUACUGUCGUGUAGAUAUACGUUAUGUAACUACCUUACUGUAAUUUUACUUAGGGAAGUUUUUCUGGGCAACGUCAUAACUAACGACAAAACAAUUCGAGGGGCGUGACGUUGCACGUGACGUUCUCGCACCGGGAUAUUCCUAAUCAAAAAUCCUGCCAUACUGUCUUCCACGAGAGACUAUUGACCAUUAUGUAAAUUAAUUAUUAAUUUAUCUUUAACCGUACAUUUUAAGCUAAGUUAUUAAAUUUUAUUUUAAAUAAACAGUUCUCUAGUUUGCUUUUCUAAUGUUUCUUGUUACUUAAGUCUGAAAAAUAAUAGAAACGAAAAAAUAUGGCGGGGUAUACAAGGAAUCAUGAAAUCAAACGACUAUAUACAACUUGCAAUUAAUUUUAUGUUUAGUUUAUAAUACUUAAGAAUUAUGGACCGUAAAAAAUUAAUUAAUUAUUAUCGUAAGCCACGUUACUGUUAGUAUUGCCGCUGAGUAUUACAACUAGUCACAUAAGCCAAAAGUUUGUUAUUCUCGCAGAAAGAUAUUUUUUUUUUUUUUUGCUUUUUUUUCACCUUUCUAUUUCAAUUUUUUUUAAAUAAAGAAUAACAGGAGAUCCCAAAAAA